UCUCACUGUCGAUCUUGCUGUCAUGAAAGGCCCACCCGCCAAGCUCCUGUCAACCCAUUUAAGGUGGGAAUCUGCUCGUUGGGAUUCUUCUUUUUGUCAUUCUGAGAUUUUCACUUCAUCAUGGCUUCUAAGGAGACGUGGGAAUUCAUCGUUGUAGGUGGUGGCCCAGCAGGCUGCGCCCUUGCCGCACGGCUCGCCCGAUCAGCGAGACACCCUCGGGUUCUGCUGCUGGAAGCCGGCGGUCGCAACGACGACCCGUCCCUGCGCGUGGAUGGCCAACGGUGGCAGACCUUUAUGAACGGGGACUUGAACUGGGGAUACAAGACCACACCGCAGGAACACUGUAAUGACCGACAGAUUGAUUACUCUCGGGGGAAGGUGCUGGGUGGCAGCAGCGCCAUCAACUUCGGUGUCUAUACCGUGGGUGCACGAGACGACUAUGACCAAUGGGCGACGCUGGUUGGCGAUGACUCGUUUUGCUGGAAGCGCAUGCAGGCUCGCUUCAGAGAGUUAGAGACGUUCAACGGGGCCAUUGUUGACCCGAGAUAUACUAAAUACGCAACCCCGAGGGCUUCCGACCAUGGGUCGUUCGGCGGACUGAAGGUCGGCUACGCUGCCGAAUGGGAGCAGGAUCUCCCCCUCAUGAUGGAUGUCUUCGAGCAGGCUGGCCUUGCGCGGAACCCUGAUCACAAUUCGGGUGAUCCCAUUGGCAUGGCCUUGGUCAUCAACUCAUCCCACCAGGGCCGGAGAGUCACUGCAACGGACCUCUUGGAGCGUGCGCCAUCCAAUUUGACUGUCAUCACAAAGGCGCCAGUGCUGAGGCUGCUACUGGAAGGCACCAAGGCCGUUGGUGUAGUCACCAAGGAGAAGACGUAUCUCGCAUCCAAAGAAGUGAUUUUGACACCGGGUUCGCUCGAUACGCCCAAGAUCCUCAUGCAUUCUGGGAUUGGGCCGGCAGAACAACUGCGACGAUUUCAGAUUCCCGUCGUCAAGGACUUGCCUGCCGUGGGACAGGGUCUCCGGGAUCACUUCUUCGCUCCACUGUGCUUUCAACGUAGCACAACGACGAACGAUCGGAAUGCCUUUUUUGGCGACAAGGCCGCCAUGGCGUCAGCCCUGGAGCAAUGGACAAAAGAUGGCACCGGGCCGUGGGCGCGGCACUCGUGCCAAAUCGGUGCCGGCUGGCUCAAGUCGGACCGUCUGGUGGAAUCAGCGGAGUUCAAAGCACUGCCUCUGACGGUGCAGGAAUUCCUACAGCGCGACACGGUACCACAUUAUGAGCUUAUGACGCACUUUCCGCUGCAUCUGAUCUCACCCGAGGUCGUCCAGGACUACAGCUACGUGUGUAUGCUGGUUUUCCUGAUGAACGAACAGUCCAGCGGCGAAGUGCGGUUGCAAUCCAGUAACCCUGACGAUCCAUUGUUGUUUGACCCGAAGUUUCUCUCUCAUCCGUUUGACCGGCGCGCCUGUAUUGAAAUCUAUCGCCAUGCGCUCGAGGUGACAAAGCAUGAAGCGUUCCAGAAGGACACUGUGUCCACCUUGAUCGCACCGCCAUCGGAGUCGGAUGAAGAUAUCCUGGAGUUUUGGAAGAACACGCUGGGUUCCAGCUGGCACAUGACGGGGACCGCCAAGAUGGGAAAGCCUGGGGAAGCUGAUGCUGUCGUGGACAGUCGGUUCCGGGUGUUUGGUAUCGAGAAUCUGCGAGUGGCCGACAUGAGCGUGGUACCUCUGUUGACAAACAACCACACGCAGGCGACUGCGUAUGUGACGGGAGUGACCUGUGGAGAUGCUCUAGCAAGGGAAUAUGAUUUGGACUGUUUGCAGUCGGCACGACUGUAGAUUGCAGAUCUGGGGUAGAUCAAUGCUGCUACUACGACAAUGACCCAUGAAUAACAUGAGCUUCUUUUGAUGCGACUGCACCAAUCGAUU